UCCUACUGCACACUAGAAACUGGUUUUCACUUCUUACUUUUUACAAAGGGUUUUUAUAUUUUUGUGCUCUCUCUCGCCAAAUUAUCAUUUGUCUCUACCAAAUUAUAGAAGGCUGAUGAUAAACACCCUGCUUUCAAUCCAAUAACCCCUCAAUUUCAUCAAGAAACUCCCACUCUGCACCAUCUAGAAGAACAAGAACAAAAACGGUUCGCUUUUCUCUCUUCUUUUGCCUCGCAAGAUUCACUACAGUUCUCUGAUAAUACUUAUUCAACUCCAAGAAAAGAAGACCCCUCACCAUGGAGGCCUGUUGCAGUUGCGUGAAGAAGGCGGCUUGUUCUUGUGGUAAAGAUGAAUGUGAGAGCGGUGUCAACUUUAGUGAAGAAAAACAAGAACUUGCUCAAGAAUUGUUGGGUUCUGGUGAUGAAAUGGUCACUGUUUGUGAUUUGGUUUCUGGGUUCGCUUGUUUUGAAGAAAUAGAGAUGGUCUGUGAGAAAAAGGCCAAAGCUUUUGGUGUGGAAGUUGAAGAAACAGAGAAUAGUGAACUGGAUUGUGCUGCUGAUUUUGAAAAGAUUCUGGCAGAUUCUGUGAAACUUGAAGUGGGUUCCUCUGGAAUUCAAGAAUGUAAUGAAGUCAAUGAAAUGGAAUUUGAGAAUGGAGGUAGGAUGGUUUCUGAAUUUUCUGGAAUUGAAGGCACUGGGGUGCUUUGUGAUAGAAAGGUGCAGGUUUUUGGUUUGGAAGUUAAAGGAAAGCUGAAUAGCGAGGUGUGUUGUAUUACCGAUUUUGAAGAAACCUCGAAAGAUUCUGUUAAACUUAAAGUGGGUUGCUCUGGAAUUCAACAACGUGAUAAGUUCAAUGAAGAGGAGUCCGAGGUUAAAGUUGAGACGAGUUCUGUUGUGCAAGGUGAUAAUGAAGAUAUAAAAGAAAAGAAAUCUGAAACUCUGUUGGAGGCCAAGAAGAAGAAGUUAUUGGCUGAACUUGAAGUUUCUGGUCUAGCUAGUCAAGAAGGGCGCAAACUGGUGGAAAAUAAUGGUGUGAGGAUUGACGCUGCAAUAGUAAGUGAUGUGACUGUUAGGCCCUCUCUUAAGAUUGAAGUAAUUGAUGAUACAGCAUUGAUUGAGACUGUUAGGGUUCCUAAGGUGAUAGAGAGGAACAGGAAGAAAAGAGAGAAGGAACAAGGCGUGGAUGGAAAGAAGGCAAGAAGAUCGAGAAGGAAGGAGAAAGAUGUGAAAAAGGCUUUGGAGAUGAGCGAAAAUGGUAAUAGUUUGGCUGAUAAUGUGGACGGUCAAGAUGGUGAGUUAAGGCAUGGAAAACAAGAAAAAAUUAUGUACUCAAGGAAGGAGAUGGAAGCCCUGAGAUUUAUCAACAUUGCGAAACAGCGGAAAAUGUGGAGGGAUAUAUACACUGGACUUGGACCUGUGGUGAUGACUGAGUAUGAUGACCUGUCUAGCUUCAAGCAUCAGAAGCAGAUCUUGAAUUUUGAUCAGAAGCAGAACGUCUCAAGGAAGCCAGAAACUGACGGGAUUCUUGAGCCUAGGAACACUAGAAGCAGCUUUGAUGACAUUGGUGCCAAGUAAGACUGCAUCGACAUUCAGCAAAAGUUGAGCUUGCAAAUUUGCCACUCCUAACAUUUUGUUAAUCUUUUGUUUGUUUGUGGAAUAGAGACGAGAUCCAAUUUAAAAUUAUCAACCAGGAAAUUUUUUGAAAACCAUUUUGGGCUGUUGUUAGAAGGAAAGCUGUAAUUUUUCCUAGUGCAUCAUUUAAUUUGUUUUUUUUUAAAUCUCCCUUCCAUUUAUUUUGUUUCAGCUAAGAUCUCAAUUGACAUUUAUAGUGUACAUCGUUUGACCAUGAUUUGCUAUUUUAUAGCACUGGGAUGAUAGUUUUCUGUGAAUUUUUCCUUUAAGGUCUUCUUUCUUCUUCUUCCUUUUGGAGUCCAUAUAUCUUUGUGAAUUUUUUCCUCCAUCCCUUCUUGUAUUGGGUCCUAGCUCUUCAUUUG